AUGGUUUCAGCUCUUAUUAUAGCUUCAAAAGGUAGUGAAGAUAUUGAAUUAGUUACACCUGUUGAUGUAUUAAGAAGAUCAAAAGUUGAUGUAACUGUUGCAUCUCUUCAAGAUACAGAAACUGUACUUUGUACAAAUGGAUCUGAAUAUAAGGUUAAUUGUAAAUUGUCAGAUGUUAAGGGAAAAACUUUUGAUGCUGUUAUUCUUCCUGGUGGUGGUCCAGGAAGUAAAGCUUUUGCUGAAAGUUCUGUUGUUGGAGAAAUUUUAAAGAAUCAUGAAGAAAAUGGAAAAAUUAUUGCUGCUAUCUGUGCAGCACCAAUUGCUUUUUCAGCUCAUAAAAUUGCUUCUGGUGCUACUAUAACUUCCUACCCAUGUUUUGAGGAGGAACUUGUUAAAGCUGGUUAUAAAUAUUCUACAGAUAGAGUUGUAGUAUAUAAUGAUAAAGUUGUAACAUCACGUGGACCAGGAACAGCUAUGGACUUUUCUUUUAAACUUUCUGAAAUGCUAGCUGGAAAGGGUAAAGCAGAUGAAGUAAGAAAAGCUAUGUUAAUAAUUUAA